AUGUCCAUCCGAGUAGCUGUUUAUUUACAUUUAUUAGUGAUAAUAAGUUCGAAAUUGUCGUUAACUAUAUUCCUUAUCUCUUUCUAUCUAUCUAUUUAUCUAUCUAUCUAUUUAUCUAAGUAUCUAUCAUUUUCUAUACUUACAUUCAUGGUUCUGCAACCAUUUGUCGCAAGCAGAUACGACGAAACAAAGAAAGAUUAUCCUGAGAUCCAAGAAAAAGAAAGAUCCAACUUAUUCUUCACUCAAUCCAUGGACAACACACACAAAAUGAAAAGAAAGGAACUAAAAAAGAAAUCUAUCUAUCUAUCUAUCUAUCUAUCUAUCUAUCUAUCUGAGACAAACCGUUCUAUUCGGAAAGAUUCUCCACAACAGCUAUCUAUCUAUCUAUCUAUCUAUCUAUCUAUCUAUCUAUUCUAUCUAUUAGAGCAUACAGUCUGGAAGCCUUUCUGUCGCCAUGCUUCUUUCUUUGCAUCCCCAGUUGGCUACUGGCAGGAGUCGAUUCCACAAGAAAUUGUAUUAUUUCUUUGGAUACUCUCUCUUUAG